UUCAUAUAUGUUUAUCCCUUUAAUCUGUUGCUGGGAGUUGUGUACUGACAUCACUGUUUCUAACAAUGUCGUAGUCGUGUUUUACGAAGAAAUCCCCUAGGACGGAAAACGUCUGUCGGAUUCGCGGGAAUAGAUAUGAGUUUUUACGGUGUUCAGUCUUUUGCAACGUGACGUAUUAUGAAGUUGCAGCAAGAAACUAACCUAAAAGGAACAUUCUUGACGUAACAUAGUCUGUAUUAUUGUCACUGAUUGCCCACAAAAUCUUAUUAAACGAUGAGCGAUGCGUAUCAAAGCUCUGCUAUUGUUGCUUAUCUGCAUAGCAGGGAGCAGCAUCGUUUUUAUCGCCUUCAGCAAUCAACGACCUUCCAUACAGACUUUAGUAACAGAGACUCACAAACAGUUGCGGAGCUUCCAGGAAAAUUUAAAAGAUGUUGAGGAGAAACGUCUAGUAACAGAUUCCAAGUACCUUGCAUUGCUUGGUCUGGAUGGACAAAUAACCACCACGCCGAUCAGUUUAAAACCUCAUAAUGUAACGGUUGUGUCGCUCGUAAGGCCUGGAAGCGAGCAAUAUAUUUAUGGCUUCGUUAGAAACGUCAGCCACUUUUUGCCAAAUAAUAGUAUUGUAAUUUAUAGUGUUGGUUUAAAUGAAGAUUCUUUACAAAAUAUUAGAUUUGCCUGUAAUUCUUCGAGAUGUAAUGUAACUCAGUUUGAUUUAAAUCCGUUUCCUGCUCAUGUCGAAGAUGACACACUGCAUGUUUAUAGACCUUUAGUUAUUCAAACAGCUUUAAAUACACUAGGUAGUAUAAUCUAUAUGGAUUCCAAUAUACGUCUGAAUUCCUCAGACGUUGCAAAAUAUCUCUGUCCAAAAUCUGGAAUCUUAACUUGGCCUACAAGGCACGCCAUUAGUUCUCUGACGCAUCCAAAGAUGUAUGAAUACUUUCAUGCCUCUGCUGAAAGCUUCUUUUUUCUCCCACUGAUUAGAGCAUCACACUUGAUAAUUAGCAAUUUUAAAGAUAUUAGGGAAAAAGUAAUGCUGCCUUGGGUCCAGUGUGCAUUAACGAGGGAUUGUAUCUCCCCUAUUGGUGCGCAAUCGGCAGGCUGUAGAUUCAACAAGAAGCCACAAUAUCGAUAUUCUGGUUGUCACGCAUACGACACCUCCGCAUUAAAUAUAGUUUUGGGAUUGCAUUUUAACUUUGAUGAUACGUAUUAUGUACACAAGGAGCGAGAGACGUACUUUAACAAGAUUCAGCCCGAGGAGAUCACCGAAGAAUAUCUUAUGAUCACACGACAAAACAAUGCCACCGAGACCAACGUAAAGAAUCUUAUUCAGGAGGGCUAAAUCGUUUUUGAUCUCAUUUUACUUUAAGUAAAAACGUCGGAUAAGCACAACUUAAUUUAAGAUUGUUAAGCGUUGAAUUAAAUUAUAAUAAAUAGCGAAAUGACCAACAAAUUUGAAG